AUGAGCCGCGCAACACCACGGAAAUCUCGCCACAGACGCGAUGCAAGCGGCGGCGGAGGACCCAGUGGACAACAUUUACCCAAGACUGUCGCCACGUCCGACUAUGAAUCCGAUGCCGUACACUACCUCGAGACGCGUGCCCCGGCCGUCACCGAAGCCGCCCUCCUACCACGGCUGAACCGCACAAACACCGAGAUCAACCUCUCCGUCCUGCAGCGCUGGCUGCCCAACAUCCGUUCGAUCGCAUCAAUAGCAGCCAACGCCGUCGUUUACGCAUUCUCCCCCACCACUCACGAGUGGGACAAGGCCGGCAUCGAGGGCGCAAUGUUUGUGUGCGACCAGGACCUCACCGAGCUUGGAAUGCCGCGCAGCUGCGUCUAUCUCCUCAACCGCCGCUCGCUCGACAACCUACAUAUUGACCUUGCCGCCGUCAGCCAUUUCGAAGUUCAAAAUGAGCUGCUCAUAUUCAACUUGGGUGACAAGGUCCUCGGGCUUUGGAUACAUGCCGAUCAAGAGGAUACAAGGGAUACAAAUGCGGCCACAAUACAAGAACGGUGGGCGCGUGUCCGAGCCGCUGCCGCAGUUCCUGUUGGCCAGGCAGAAGCGCAAAAGACUGGAAGCACAACUGGGGUUGGAGAGACCAUGGGGCCCGCCAUGCAGGCCAUUGGUAGGAAACUUAGCAUCAGUGAUCUGUUUGGUCGUGCAAGGGAUACGGCAGACGGCUAG